AGAAAUCAGAAGACCGCGGAGAGAGAAAUAGCAGAAAAGAGUGCGGGGGAAAUUUCUUCGAGAGAGAGAGACUUUCCUCUCUUCUCAAUGGAAGGCGCCGAACAGGGUCCACCUUCCGCCACCGCCGUGGACCCCACUGCCUCCGCCGGUGACCCCACCGCCUCGUCUCCUCCGCUCGGUGAUCCCGUUACUGGUCCCGAUCCUGCUACUGCCCUGGACGAUGUUGAUGAACCGGAAAUUCAUGUCCUGAUUUCAGACGAUGAUCACGAAUCUCCCGAUCACGAUCACGAUCAAGAGGUUGACCACCAUGAGGAAGACCAUGACCGUGAUCACGCGGCUGAGACCGGUCUUUCCUUGGAUGAUCUCAAGCUCAAGAUCAUUAGACAGGUGGAGUAUUAUUUCAGUGAUGAAAACCUACCCAAUGAUAAGUAUCUGUUGGGUUUUCUCAAGAAGAAUAGGGAAGGGUUUGUUCCUACAUCAGUAAUUGCUUCUUUUAGAAAAAUGAAGAGGCUCACUCGAGACCAUUCAAUUAUUGUUGCUGCGCUGAAGGAGUCUUCACUGCUUGUUGUUAGUGGUGAUGGCAGAAGGGUUAAGCGGCUCAAUCCACUUCGUUUCAACGAAACUAGAGAUCAUAAGUUAUAUACUGUUUUGGUAGAGAAUUUGCCCGAGAACCGUUCAAAGGAGAACAUUCAGCAAAUAUUCCGUGAAGCUGGAAAUAUAAAAAGGAUAACCAUUCAUGACCCGCAUUCUACUGCAGAGUCUGCAAAACAUAUCAAGCGAGAACAGUUUAUUAGUAGUAAGUUACAUGCUCUUGUGGAAUAUGAGACUAUUGAGGCUGCUGAGAAAGCUGUGGUUAUGUUCAAUGAUGAACAAGACUGGAGAAAUGGCAUGCAUGUUAAACUUCUCAAGCAAAUGGGUAAAUAUGGACACAAAAAACAAGUUUGGAAGGGAUCUAAUUCUGAGAAGAAUAGCUCAGGCCAUGUAUCUGAACAAACUGGAGAUGAGGAGAAUCAUGGCUCAAAUGAGCAUCAUGAAGAUACUCCUGAGGAAGAGGAUGGGGAUCAUUUGUCAAAGGAUAAAGGUGGGCAGCGGUAUAGAAAUCAAGGAAGAUCAAGAAAACAUAAAUAUCGUGCCGUAAAUGGAAUGGGCCAUGGAUGUGCAUCAUCUACUCAUGCUGCCGAAGCAUCGAAGCCGCCCCCAGGACCCAAAAUGCCAGAUGGAACACGGGGCUUUGCAAUGGGACGAGGUCGGCCUCCUGUCCCCGCUUCAAAUUAGCAAGACUUAAAGCACACAACAGAUUGUAUUCAACAAUAUUUGAAGUUGUUUUAGUGAUGUAAACUUGGGUCCCUACCCAACAUGUGUCUGUUUUGAGUCAACUUUCAAGGGUUUGCUGGUCUGUUUUUAUGUUUCAUUCACGUGUGAAAGCAAGGGUUGGUGGUGGAGCACAAGGGCACAGCCAUUUUCAGAUUAUCAGGCUGGGAAAGAAACUAUUUUUGUUGUGGGUAAUCCUCACCAUACGAGGACUCUGUAAAGUAAAAAAAAAAUCUGAAUGUUAUAUCUGUUAAUGGCGAUGUAAGUUAUGUGUC